AUGUCCAAUCUUACAAGAACCGUCUACCACGAAGCCCUCAAUGAACUCGAUGACAAGAGAAUCAAGUGCAUCAAGCCCUUGAUUCCUCCCCAGAUCCUCAUGGAGGACAUUCCCCUCACUCUCAAGGCUGCACAGACCAUUGUAGAGGGUAGAAGAGGAGCUGAAAACAUCAUUCGUGGUUCUGACGAUCGCCUCUUGGUUGUCGUUGGUCCUUGUUCUAUUCAUGAUGUCAAGGCUGCCAAGGAAUAUGCUGUCAAGUUGAUUGAAUAUGCAGAGACUGCCAAGGAUGAUCUUUUGAUCAUUAUGCGUGUUUACUUUGAGAAGCCCAGAACCACUGUUGGAUGGAAGGGUCUUAUUAACGAUCCUUAUCUGAACAACAGUUACGAGAUCAACAAGGGUCUUCGUAUUGCUCGUCAGUUGCUUUUGGAUUUGAACGAAAUGGGUGUUCCCACUGGCUGUGAGUUCCUUGAUACUAUCUCCCCUCAAUACACUGGCGAUCUUGUCUCUUGGGGUGCUAUUGGUGCCAGAACCACCGAGUCCCAGAUUCACCGUGAGCUGGCCUCUGGUUUGUCUUGCCCAGUUGGCUUCAAAAAUGGUACUGAUGGUGGUAUUACUGUUGCCAUGGAUGCUAUCAAGGCUGCCAGCAACGGUCAUCAUUUCUUGUCUGUAACCAAGCAGGGUCUGUCUGCUAUUGUUCAGACUGAGGGUAACGAAGCAUGUCAUGUCAUUUUGCGUGGUGGCAAGAGCGGACCUAACUACAGUGCUGAGGAUAUCGAGAUUUGCGCCAAGGCUCUCCAGAAGGCCAAGUUGUCUAGCAACAUCAUGGUCGAUUGCAGUCACGGUAACAGCAGCAAGGAUCACAACCGUCAGCCCAUCGUUGCUCAGUCUAUUGCUAGCCAAUUGGCUGAACCCAAAAAGACUGGUGACAACAUUGUUGGUGUUAUGAUCGAGUCUCACUUGGUUGAAGGUCGCCAAGAUAUUCCCAACGAAGGUCCCCACCGUCUUGUCUAUGGUCAGUCAGUCACAGAUGCAUGCAUUAACUGGGAUGCCACUGUCAAGACAUUGGACACUCUCAAGGAAGGUGUUCGUGCUAGAAGAGCUGCCAGACAGGCUUAGAUUUAAUAACGUCUUUUCAUAAUGCACUCAUCCCCUCCCUUCAAAAAAAAGUAUACAACUUCAUAUAUUCAUUCAAUGUAUAAUAAAAAGCAAACAUCACAAUAUGCGAAACCUAAUAAAAGACCAAUGUUUCCCU